CGUGUAGCCAAGGUUGCUGAAUUCUGUCAGAAGGAGAUUAGUGGGGUUUUACGUUAGAUGGGGGUUAGCAGCGCAAGACGGAAAGAAAAAUAGAUCACGAUCCGGUGUCCCAUGGCAUUGCGGAGCUGUGAUGUUCUGGGCACCGGUAUUCAAGUGUGCUUGCUGCCUGGGCUGAGUGGAAAUGAGCCGGAUUAGAGCGCUCACUGGGCUCCUGAGGGGCCGCGGUCUGUGUUGGCUGAGGGGCCACACUGUCCCCCGCCGCGGGUGCUCCUCCCGGGCCCCAGAGCCCACUCUCACAAGCUCCAGCUAUGUGGAGGAGAUGUACUACGCCUGGCUGGAAAACCCCAAAAACGUGCAUGCGUCUUGGGACGUCUUUUUCCGGAACUCACACGUCAGCGCUGCACCUGGAGACGUACCUGACCCCCACCCCUCCAGCCUGCUCCAGGGCCGGGCCCUGUCCCAGACCCCUGCGCUGGCCCAGAAGGUGGUGGAGGAUCACCUGGCUGUGCACACACUCAUCAGGGCCUAUCAGAUUCGUGGACACCAUGUGGCCCAGUUGGACCCUCUUGGGAUUCUGGAUGCUGAUCUGGACAGUUUUGUUCCUUCAGAUUUAAUUACCACCAUUGACAAGCUGGCAUUUUAUGGGCUGCUGGAGUCCGAUUUGGACAAGACCUUCCAGCUGCCUGCGACUACGUUCAUCGGAGGGAGUGACACCACGCUGCCGCUCAGGGAGAUCAUCCGCAGGCUGGAGAUGACCUACUGCGGUCACAUCGGAGUGGAGUACAUGUUCAUCAACAACGUGGAGCAGUGCCAGUGGAUCAGGAGCAAGUUCGAGACUCCGGGGGCAAUGCGGUUCUCUAACGAGGAGAAGAGGACCCUGCUGGCUCGACUGGUGCGCUCCACACGGUUUGAAGAUUUCCUGGCCAGGAAGUGGUCCUCUGAGAAGCGCUUUGGGCUGGAGGGCUGUGAGGUGCUGAUUCCUGCCUUGAAGACCAUCAUCGACGUGUCGAGUGAGGCCGGCGUGGACAGUGUCAUCAUGGGCAUGCCUCACCGAGGCCGGUUGAACGUCCUGGCAAACGUUGUGCGGAAAGAUCUAGAUCAAAUCUUCUGCCAGUUCGAUCCAAAGCUGGAGGCUGCAGACGAGGGCUCGGGGGACGUGAAGUAUCACCUGGGGAUGUACCACGAGCGAAUCAACCGCGUGACGAACCGGGACAUCACCCUGUCACUCAUGGCCAACCCCUCCCACCUGGAGGCGGUGGACCCGGUGGUGCAGGGCAAGGCCAAGGCCGUGCAGUUCUACCGGGGCGACGCCCAGGGCAAGAAGGUGAUGUCCCUCCUCAUUCACGGUGAUGCGGCGUUUGCGGGACAGGGGGUGGUCUACGAGACCUUUCACCUCAGCGAACUGCCCUCCUACACCACCCACGGCACCAUCCACGUGGUCGCGAACAACCAGAUCGGGUUCACCACUGACCCGCGAGUGGCCCGGUCCUCUCCGUACCCCACGGACGUGGCGCGGGUGGUGAACGCGCCCAUCUUCCACGUGAACGCAGACGACCCCGAGGCGGUGAUAUACGUGUGCAGGGUGGCUGCAGAGUGGAGGAGCAUCUUCAACAAGGACGUGGUGAUCGACCUGGUGUGUUACCGGCGUUUCGGACACAACGAGAUGGACGAGCCCAUGUUCACCCAGCCGCUGAUGUACAAGCAGAUCCGGCGGCAGGAGCACGUGCUGAAGAAGUACACCGACAAGCUGAUCUCCGAGGGCGCGGUCACCCUGCAGGAGUCUGAGGAAGAAAUUUCCAAGUAUGAUAAAAUCUGUGAAGAGGCAUAUGCACGUUCUAAAGAUGAGAAGAUUUUACACAUCCGCCACUGGCUGGACUCACCGUGGCCAGAUUUCUUCACGGCAGACGGGGAGCCGAAGAGCAUGACCUGCCCUCAUACAGGGUUAGAGGAAGAGGCCCUGCAGCACAUCGGCAACAUCGCCAGCUCUGUACCUACACCGGACUUUGCUCUACACCCAGGCGUGUGGCGUAUUCUGCGGGGUCGGGCGGAGAUGACCCAGAAGCGGUUGGUGGACUGGGCUCUGGGGGAGUACAUGGCGUUCGGCUCUCUGCUGCGGGAGGGGACUCACGUUCGGCUCAGCGGACAGGACGUGGAGCGCGGGACCUUCAGCCAUCGCCAUCAUGUUCUCCAUGACCAGGAAGUGGAUAAAAGGAUCUGUGUCCCCAUGAACCACCUGUGGGAAAACCAGGCAUCAUACACUGUGUGCAACAGCUCGCUGUCUGAGUACGGUGUCUUAGGCUUUGAGCUGGGUUUUGCCAUGGCAAGCCCUAAUGCUCUGGUGUGCUGGGAGGCCCAGUUUGGGGAUUUCCACAACACGGCCCAGUGCAUCAUAGACCAGUUCAUCGCUUCGGGUCAGGCCAAGUGGGUCCGCAACAAUGGCAUCGUCCUGCUGCUGCCCCAUGGCAUGGAGGGAAUGGGUCCGGAGCACUCUUCAGCCCGGCCAGAACGGUUCCUCCAGAUGAGUAAAGAUGACUCGGAUCGCUAUCCUGAAUUCUCCGGAGACUUCGAGGUCCAGCAGCUGUUUGACUGUAACUGGAUUGUGGUGAACUGCUCAACCCCAGCCAACUACUUUCAUGUCCUGCGGAGACAGAUCUUACUUCCAUUCCGGAAGCCGUUAAUUAUCUUUACCCCAAAAUCCCUGCUGAGGCACCCGGAGGCCAGGUCGAGUUUCGACGAUAUGACAGCAGGCACACGGUUCCAGCGCACCAUCGCAGAGCAGGGUCCUGCCGGGUCCAGUCCAGAGAGGGUGAAACGGGUCAUAUUCUGCACAGGGAAGGUGUACUAUGAACUGGCAAAAGAAAGAAAACAACAGGAUCUGGAACAUGAUGUUGCUAUAAUCAGGCUAGAACAGAUAUCACCGUUCCCCUUUGACCUGGUCAAAGCAGAGGUUGAAAAAUACCGUAAUGCAGAGCUGAUUUGGUGCCAGGAGGAGCACAAGAACAUGGGCUACUAUGACUACAUCAGACCACGUUUCCUCACGGUUCUCUCCAACCAUCGCCCAAUAUGGUAUGUUGGGCGUGAUCCGGCAGCAGCUCCAGCCACUGGGAAUAAAGCCACUCACCUGGCCGAGCUGAAGAGGUUCCUGAACACUGCUUUCAACCUGCAGGCCUUCCAGGGCAGGAGCUUCUGAACCCCACAGCGCAGACGCACAAUGCACACACAAUGCAGACGCACAGCGCAUAUGCACAGCAUAGACACACAAUGCAGGUGCACAAAGCAGACACACAAUGUAGACACACAAUGCAGGCGGACAAGGCAGACACACAACGCAGACACACAAUGCAGACACACAACGCAGACACACAAUGCAGACACACAAUGCAGACACACAGUACACGUGAUGCGCAUGCACAAUGCAAAGACAAUCUGCUCUGUUUGAUUUUCUGAAUUAAAACACCAGAUAAAAAAAAAGGCUAAAUAAUUAGCAGAUUCUUAUUUUUACAAUAUAAUGUAAUUAUAUUGUAAUUCACUUACCCACUGGUACUGCAGGGGCUCUUAUAACAGUGGAGCCUGCUGCAUGGUGAGUAUUAGAAUGGAGCUGUGGCAGUAAUUCAAUAGCUAUAUGUGGGUGUGGCCAUAUUUACUUCUAAAAUUUACUCAUGAAGAAUGAGGAAGCAAUGAUUCAAAUUACAUUUACAUUUUCAUUACAUUUAAAAAUUACAAUGAGAUGUAAUUGCACAAUCAAGGUAAUGUAAACCAUCCUGAAUAUAUGCAUAUUCAUGUAAAACAAGCACAGUUUUAAACAGUAACACAUUUUUAAAAAAUGUUUAAAAAAACUUG